AUGGAUAAGUUUCCUCUUCCAACCGUUAAGGGACAGACAUUUGAGUUGGGACCGAGAUUUGAUGAUAUUCAGUAUGUUGGAGAGGGUGCAUACGGGAUUGUCGUGUCGGCGUUCGAUCGACAUCGCAAUGAAAAAGUAGCUAUUAAGAAGGUUUCUCCUUUUGAACAUCAAACCUACUGCCAGAGAACGUAUAGAGAGAUCUGGAUACUUAGUAGAAUGGACCACGAAAAUAUAGUUAAGAUCCACGAUCUCAUUACGCCCAGCACGUUUGAAGAAAUGAAAGACGUGUAUAUUGUAGAAUGUUUCAUGGAAACUGAUCUCUGCCGACUGUUGAAGACCCAGAAACUUAGCAAUGACCAUAUCUGUUACUUCCUUUAUCAAAUGCUGAGAGGCCUCAAGUACAUACAUUCUGCGAAUGUCCUGCACAGGGAUCUCAAACCAUGUAAUAUUUUGCUGAAUGCAGCGUGUGAUCUGAGGAUAUGCGAUUUUGGACUAGCUCGUAUAGCUGACCCAGAAUCUGAACAAUCUGGUACACUAACAGAAUAUGUUGCUACACGUUGGUAUCGUGCCCCUGAGAUUAUGCUCACAUCAAAGUUGUAUACAAAAGCUAUUGAUAUCUGGUCGAUUGGUUGUAUUAUGGCUGAAAUGCUCAGUAAUCGUGUUCUAUUCCCUGGAAAACAUUAUAUUGAUCAAUUGAAUUUAAUACUUCAAGUCUUAGGUUCUCCAACAAAAGAAGAUUUUGAGACGAUUGUAAAUCUUAAAGCACGUGCCUAUUUAGAAUCACUGCCUCAUCGUACUAAAGUCCCCUGGAAACAGUUAUAUCCAUAUGCUAGCGAAUCUGCUUUAGAUUUACUCGACAAGCUGUUGUGCUUUGUUCCAUCUCGUCGAAUAACAGUUGAAGAGGCCUUAGCACAUCCCUAUCUAGAACAGUACUAUGAUCCAACAGAUGAACCAGUUUUUGAACAUCCAUUUAUUCAAGAACCAGAUAAUUUUCCAAAAGAAAAGUUGAAAAUUCUUAUCUGGGAAGAGAUACAACGAUUUCAAAAUAAUAAGAAAAAUAAUGAUGAUAUGAUGUUUAUGAAGUCUGAACAAACUGAGGAGGUGACUUCAACGGCGACAACAACAAGAGCGAUCGGAGCAUCAUCAGGUGUACCAACAUUCACUUCUCAACCUUGA